CACAAACACACAGGAGAGUCUUAACCCUGACGGGUGGAAAUCACGGUUCAGUUGCUCCCGAGGUGUCAGACUCACCGUUGCUCUCCACCUCGCGCUGCGUCAAGGAUUUACCUGCAAGACAGCAACUCAUCUCCACGCGCUCUGAGAUUAUAGACAAACGGAUCUUUAAUUAAACAACCGCUGUUGUUAGAACAAAACGGAUGUCAGUGUGGUGGUUAGAGAUGGGAGAGGGUCUGGGGCCGCUCUCCCCUGUAGGAUGGUAGCCGACAGCACAGUGGAAGGCCAUGACAAGACCCAGUUGUCCAGCUCUUCAUCCUCAUCAUCAUCCUCAUCCUCCUCGUCCCCGUCAUCGCUGCUGUCCAGGCAGCUCGCUCUCAGCCCUCGCCGCACCGAGUCGGAUCAGCUUCAGCGUCGGGCCGCCCCGGAUCCGAACCCGAGGUCGGCGUUCGUCCCCUCCGUGUAUCUGACCCACUUCCCCACCUUCUCCUGCAAGGAGGACUGCAAGAUCAUCACAGAGACUGCGUCCAAGCUCGAGCGCAGCGCCUUCUACUGGGGCCCUCUGGGAGUGGACGAGGCCCAUCGCAUGCUGCGGGACGCCCCGCUGGGCAGCUUCCUCAUCCGCGACAGCCGGCAGAAGGACGUCUUCUUCACGCUGUCCUACCACGGCAAGAGCGGGCCGGCCAGCGUGCGCAUCGACUACAAGCAGCAGAAGUUCUCACUGGCGGGCAACGAGCGCUCCUUCCCGACGCUCUUUGCCCUUUUGGAGCAUUACGUCAAUUCUCCCAAGAAGAGCCUGAAGUUCCCAUACAGGAGAUGGGAGCCAACGCUGCAGGAGCUGUGCAGGAAGCGCAUCAUGGAGCUGUGUGGCGAAGGGAGCCGGGUGCCGGAGCUGCCACUCACCCACGUUGUCCAAGACUUCCUGUUGGAGUUCCCUUACAAACUAUGACCAGCUUGCCAUUCAAAGUUCUGGUUGUAUUAUUCUUCAUUUCAAGAAGGCAGUUUUCACCAAGAAAACAGGAGUGUUUCCACAUAAAAGCAUC